UGUUUUCAAUAGAGAGAGGCAGAUAGACAUGGUUAUCGGCAUUGUCCUGAUAUUUCUGCUUAUCAGUUGUACGAUAUCUUAUGAAAAUUUAGCUCUUAAUAAACCAGCAUGGCAACAGAAUGCCUUUCCAAAUAGAGCAGUAACAUGGGGAGCGGGUAAAGCGGUAGAUGCACAAUACUCUGAUCGUGGAGCCUUUGGAGAGCAGUGCACAAUAUCAGACAACAAUAAGCAAACAGCAGAGUGGAGGGUAGAUCUACAGAGUGUGGUCAGUAUCAGCCACAUCAACAUAUUCUACAGGACGGAUAAUAUACCAAGUCCCGGCCGUUACUACGAUCGCUUUGCUGGAUUUUUUGUGUACGUUUCAAAUACAACCCAAGGAGAGGAUGGAUAUCUUUGUUUCCAUGAAAUACAGCAAGUGGACAGAACACCAACAGAGAACCAGACAAUAAGCUGUCCUGUACAUGGACGUUAUGUUAUAUAUUACAACGAGAGGAGACCGGGUGUGACGUAUCCAAGUUACUAUUCACAAUAUGCUUACAAUGAUAUUUGUGAGUUGGAAGUUUAUGGGUGCUUUAACAAUGGGGUUUAUGGAGAGGAUUGUAACCAAACAUGUUCCGACAAAUGUCAAGAUCGGAGAUGUAACAUCACUACUGGUCGUUGUCUGGGCUGUAUACCGGGCUAUCAAGGUGCUCGCUGCAGUCAAGUCUGUGAUAAGUAUAGUUAUGGGCUUGGCUGCACUUUAUUAUGCUGUAACUGCAGUGACGGAGACCCCUGUCAUCAUGUGAACGGGAAAUGUCUCAGUGGGUGUAGCGAGGGGUGGACGGGAGAAAAAUGCCAGGCUGAAUGUUCUGCGGGGUUUUAUGGAAAGAAUUGCGGUCAGAGAUGCAGCGAGAAUUGCUUUGUUACAAACAGAUGUGACCGGUUUACAGGGGAGUGUAUGGAGAAAUGUAAGCCAGGUUGGGAGACACCCAGAUGUACACAGAAAUGUGAGGGAUUUACGUAUGGCGAUGACUGCCGUCAGAUCUGUGGACACUGUCUCAAUGGAUCGGUUUGUCACCACGUAAACGGAACUUGUUUGGAGGGGUGUUCUCAUGGAUUUCAUGGGGAGACAUGUAUGACAGAGUGUUCUGCAGGAUACUUUGGUAUAAACUGCAAGGAAAACUGUAAGGCUUAUUGUGGCGGAAACAAAACAUGUGACGUCAUCACUGGUGUUUGUGACGAGAGCUGUAUAGAGGGGCUACACGGACCUCUAUGUGAUGAAGGAACUUUUCUUAGCAGAACUGCGUGUGACACCUGUGAACCCAACACCACUAGUAUCAUUAUAAACAUUGUGAUCUCUUUAUUCCUCGUUCUGACUGGUAGUAUUCUUAACUUUAUCAUAUGGAAGAGGAAAAAUGGUAAGUACGUGUAAAGUAAUUGCUGGAUCAGCGCAUUUUUUGAAAAGUAAACUCUGAAUCCUUGGUUCUGAUUAUCAGUAAACUCAAUUGAGUAUCCCCAGUAAUACUAACAAAAGUUAUCUUAAAGUUGCAUAGAUACAGAUUUUAAGUUAACAUUUAAAUGCUAAUAAUUGAAAUGCUAUUACAAAAAUAAAACUCGUAUAAUAUUCUACAGAAAAAAUGAGAAAAUAUGGACUUAAAAUCUGUGUCAAUACGCCUUUAAGAAUGAACAGAGUUUGAAAGAGCUUGAUUGUGCCCAAACGUGUAUGCAUGUACUACUUUUAUAUGUUAUUAAGAAGGUAAUUCAAAAAAUCAGUUUGCAGCUUUUAAAAUUGUAUGAAACAAUGACAACAUAAUGCAUUAUUUUUUAAAUAGACUUA